CCCCGGGUCGCGCCCCAGCUCGUCGGCCCCUGAGGCGGCAGCUCCGGCUCCAAGCCCUGGCCGGGAGGGAGCGCUGUGGGGACGUGCACCGCGGGGCGUGUGGCGGGAGUUCCGAGGCGGGCCCGUCAGGAUUUUAAAGCACCUGUCUCUGUCAUUUUUACUUUUAGGGUUUUGGCCAAAUUGGGCACAAAAUAACCACUUACCCCUUCUCGCCGAGGAAGAGCGGGAGAAAGGAGCAAUGCUGGCUUUUCUUCAGACAGAGGGAGGUCUCCUUUUCUGAGGCAGAGGGAAAGGUAUGGCACAGUCACAAGGCUGGGUGAGAAGAUAUGCUAAGGCCUUCUGUAAGGGUUUUUUUGUGGCAGUGCCUGUGGCAGUGACUUUCCUGGACCGGGUGGCCUGUGUUGCAAGAGUGGAGGGAGCAUCAAUGCAGCCUUCUUUGAAUCCUGGGGGGAGCCAGUCAUCUGAUGUGGUGCUUUUGAACCACUGGAAAGUGAGGAAUUUUGAAGUACAACGUGGUGACAUUGUGUCAUUGGUGUCCCCUAAAAACCCAGAACAGAAGAUCAUUAAAAGAGUGAUUGCUCUUGAAGGAGAUAUUGUAAAAACCAUGGGCCACAAAAACCGGUAUGUCAAAGUUCCCCGGGGUCACAUCUGGGUUGAAGGUGAUCAUCAUGGACACAGUUUUGACAGUAAUUCUUUUGGGCCGGUUUCCCUAGGACUUCUGCAUGCCCAUGCUACACAUAUCCUGUGGCCGCCAGAGCGCUGGCAGAAGUUGGAAUCUGUUCUUCCUCCAGAGCGCUUGCCAGUUCAGAGAGAAGAGGAGUGAAUGAUGGCAUGGAGCUCCCUCAGCUGCGGCAUUGGGAAGCAUUGUAGAAGGGAUGGGAAGGAGGAACCUUCAAAAGGCAAAGCUUGUUUCAAAUGAAGUGAUCUGCGUUAUUAAACAGUAUUAAAUAGCAACUGAUUUUAUGUUUAAUUGUAAUACCCUAUUGUGUAAUGCCAAAAAAAAUGCAGACCUUUGGGAAUAUGAACAUUUUAUUCCCAUGUCUGACAGGGAAUUUGUUAUGUAUACUUAUCCCAUCGAUUGUUGGGUUUUAAUUUUGGUGCUUGCUGAUGAAAGACUAUGAAAAUUAGUAUUUGAUGAAAGUAAUUCAGUAAUAUCAUUUACUCUUAAGAUAGAACAUGAAGAAACAUACAGUGAUGGAAAUUAUAUUGGAAUUGAAGGUAUAUACAAUGCAGUGACUGCCAGUUAGGAAGAACAGUAAACUGUGAUGUAAAAAUAAAACAUUGAUUUGCUCAGGUAUUGUAUUGAGUAUUUAUCAUUUAACCCAUACCUUCAUUAAUGAGGAAUAUCUUUUUUUUUUUUUUAAGCAAGGAAUUUAAAGGAAGGAGAACCAAUUCUAUCAAUACUUCCAUAUAAAUAAACCUUCUUUAUUGACCCUUUUAAAUCAAAA